AUGGGGGUUGCAGGAAAGGUUGCUCUUAUAACAGGUGGCUGCGGUGGACUUGGGGAAGCAUUUGCGGAGGUCUUGCUAAAGCGUGGAGCUAAGGUUUGCCUUGUUGAUUUGAACUCAAACCAAGGAGAAGAAGUUGAGCAACAAUUCAGUAAAACAUAUGGCAAAUCAGUUGUCUUUCAGCAAUGUGAUGUCACGGAUAAACAGGCUCUAGAAGAUGCGUUUAGGUUUACAAAGGACACAUUUGGACGGCUGGACAUUGUGGCAAAUAAUGCUGGAAUCACUGAUGAAGUAAAUUGGGAAAAGCAAAUUGCUGUAAAUCUAACUGCAGUUGUUAGAGGGACCUAUCUAGGGUUGGACUACAUGAGGAAGGACAAGGGUGGGCAUGGUGGAGUCAUAAUCAAUACAGCUUCAAUGGCAGGUUUGAUUCCUAUGUUUACCACACCUGUCUACUCAGCAACCAAACAUGGAGUAGUGGGGCUCUCCAGGGCAGUAGGGUCUGAUGCCAGGUUUCCAAAGCAACACGUCCGAUGUAAUGCAUUGUGUCUUAGCUUUGCAAACACCAAUAUGCUAAGUGGGAAACAUGAAGAUGAAAAUAUAAACGAAAUAAUGCAAGUUGUAGUUGCUGUAACAGGAGUUUUAGAACCUACCACAGUGGCUGAGGGGUUUCUUAGACUGGUAGAAGAUGAGACAUUGAAUGGUGAAGUAAUGAGGGUCACAUCACAGAAAGGUAUUGACAUCAAAGAAUACCCUCGAUCAGAGACUUUAAAAUUGCCACCAGAGAUGAUAAGCAAAUUAUAG